CGGGCACCUGCAGUCGUUAAGCAGCAGCGGCAGGGGGAGGCCCGGGCGGCGGGCACCAUGCGCAGGUCCAGCACGGACGAAUCUGCCUACCACCGGAGCCCGUCCCUGGACAGCAAGGACUUGGGUUUCGCGCCAGGCGCCUUCCGCCGCUACAGCGGCCUCUACGGGGCAGGGGCCGGCCCGGGACCGGGCACUGGGGGCCAGGACAACGGCUCCUCCUUCUUCGGCUUCCACAGCAACCCCGGCCCCAAAGCCACCAAGGCCAAGUACACGUCUCCCAAGGGCAACAAGUACGUCGUGUUUUACCUGGACCUCUCCUUUAUCUUCCUCCUAGAGCUGCGGCGCUGCGGCAUGGCGCACACCUGCCUCCAGGGCGUCAAGUACCUCAUGUUCGUCUUCAACCUUCUCUUCUGGCUGGGAGGAUGCGGGAUUCUCGGUGUGGGCAUCUGGCUGGCUGUGACGCAGGGCAACUUUGCCACCCUCUCACCCUCCUUCCCUUCGCUCUCGGCGGCCAACCUGCUCAUCGUCACGGGCACCUUCGUCAUGGUCAUAGGCUUCGUGGGCUGCAUCGGCGCCAUCAAAGAAAACAAAUGCCUGCUUCUCAGUUUCUUCAUCAUGCUGUUAAUUGUGUUCCUGCUGGAGCUCACGGUAGCCAUCCUCUUCUUCGUCUACACAGACCAGAUUGAUACCUACGCCCAGCGGGAUCUGAAGAAGGGGCUACAUCUGUACGGGGCCGAAGGGAACAUUGGCCUCACCAACGCGUGGAGCAUCAUCCAGACAGAUUUCCGGUGCUGUGGGGUCUCCAACUACACUGACUGGUUUGAGGUGUACAACAGCACGAGAGUACCUGACUCCUGCUGCCUGGAAUUCAGCGAGAGCUGUGGGCUCCAUUCUCCAGGCACCUGGUGGAAAGCACCCUGUUAUGAGACGGUGAAGAUCUGGCUUCAGGAAAACCUCCUGGCCGUGGGGAUCUUUGGACUGUGCACAGCUCUGGUCCAGAUUCUUGGCCUGACCUUUGCUAUGACCAUGUAUUGCCAAGUGGUGAGAGCAGACACAUACUGCGCAUAGAGCCCUGCCCGCAGCCCACCCAAGGACAUGGGAACCCUUUCCUUCAUUUCCUUCUCCCCAAUUAGUGACCCUUGUAAACAGCUUCACCCUGGGAGGCACUGGAGCCCCUUGAACCCGAGGAAGCAGAAAACAGGAACCCCAGGGUCAAGUGCAUGCCUGGGGUCCCUGGUGCCUGCCGGGCCAAGGGUAGCCUUGGACCUGAGCAGCCCCCACUGUUGCAGACUGACCCUGAGUGCUUGGGGGGGGGGUGGGGUUUCCAUCCUGAAGCACCAGUCUGUCAUCCUGUCUGUUGGUCUGUCUGUUCUGGGAAUGGAGUGGGAACAGCCGUGGGAUCGGGGCUCAUUUGCCCCCUCCCUGGCCUCCAGAGCCCAACUUAGGAGGAGUCUCCUCUUCCAAGCAGCAUUUUCAUUAUCUGGUGUGGUUUUCCCUCAGAUCAGACCAGGACCAGUGGGAUGGGGCAGACCAGACCUGGCCAGGUCAGUGAAAGGAAAGCAUGCCCUCCCCUGGCUGCCAGUUGCCUUGGGGGCCCUCCCCUGGUUGGUGAAUCCUGGUGUGAACCCCUGGGUCUUCCCAUUAACAUUCUAGGCUGGAGGCAGUCCUCAGGGAGAUGGUCUCUUCCCUUGAACACCCAGGAAGCCACUUUGUGUUUGCAGAUGUGUCUUGACUUCAGUAAACCGUUGUGAGUGUACGGCAGCCCUUCUGGUCAAUGUGUCUGUCUGUCUCUUGUCCCAGAGGGCAGGUGUGGACAGGACAGUGCCACCCAGCCUUGGAUCCGUUCUCCCUUUGCUUUCUCCCCUACUGGAGACUCUCAUUUGGAGAGGGACCAUCUGAAAGAAUUGUAACCACUCCCAGUAAAGCUCCACCACCACGUGUGCCUGGACCUUGCUCUGGCCUGGCCUCACCCUCCCAAGCCCAGGGGGUCCCAUCAGAGCAGACGCCAAGCCUCCCCCUUCCUGUUCUGAGAACAGAGCAGUUCAGCCGAGUGUUUAGGUCACAGGACAGGGAACAAUGCCAGUCCAAGUCCCAGGGACCAACCAGCAGGGACUAUGGCUCUUCUGGACUGAGCUGAGAAAAUGCAGUGAGUGUUUGGAGCCUGGAGGCCUGGCCCCUUCCCUCUGCUCCCUUUCCCUUCCUUUCACACCCUGUGCAUUUUUCUCAUCCUCCUCCCCCUUCUCCCUUCACCCCCACCCUGAGACUUAGCAUAGCCCUCAGUACCAGAGCUAGAAGGGAUCUCAGAGACCCCCUCAUUUUACACAUGGGGAAACCAAGGUCCAGAGAGGGGAAGACAGUUACCCAACAUCACACAGCCAGUUAGUUGCAAAGGCAGCCUGAGCAUCUAGUUCUCCUGCUUCCCAUGUAAGUAGUCUCUGGGCCUGGGUUCCAUGUGCUUCGUGAAGGGCUGGCUGGAGCCUCUGCCCUCACUGGUGACCCUGAUGUGCCAGAAGUCUCCUGCCAGGUCCAAGGUUUUCCUCCCUUCUGACUGCCCUCUUGUGCUACCCUCAGCACCUGCGAGAUCCUGGUCCCCAACAAGCAGUGUCCCCUAUCAGGUAGGGGCUUUAGGCUUAGUGUUCUUUGAGGUGCCCAGGGUUCAAGGAUUCUCCGUGAUGGAGGCAGGCAUGAAACCAUGAGGCCACACAGUGAACAAAGGUGGUCUAUGCCUUGGCAGUCACCCGUGCCCCCUAUCUCAGAGAGGGGGCUCUCCCUUGGCCAGGACUAAGCAAGGAGGUGCCCAGCCCCAAGGCAGUGAGUGGCUGGAAGUUCACUCCAUACAGGCUAGAAGCAGAGACUCCCAAGGACCCAGGUGGUGGCUGUGGCUCUGGGAGCCUUGUGCCUGGCACUGUCCAGUGCAGCCUCUCCUCUAUAGUUGGUUACUCUGGCAGCUAAGGGGGCAGGGUCAGCUCCAAAGGGUCCACAUAGAGAAGACCAAGAUAGCCAGGGUAAAAACCCUUGACCCUAACCCCUGGAAAAUAAAAUGAUGUGCCCCACCCCCUCAGAAGGUAGAUUCUGGAUGUAAAUAUGGAAGUCCAGGGCCCUGCCCACCAACACAGGCUUAGCCCCAACUACUGCCUUGCAUUUGUCGUUUCUGUCUGAUGCCAGCCCCACCUAGCAGGUCCUUCAUUCUUGUCCUCUUCUGAACUUGGGACAGAUACCAGAGACAGCAGGGCUCAAGCUCCACACUUCCUAUGCCUGCUUAGGGCUCUCCCCCUUUCCAAGCUCAGACCCCUGUCUUUUGUUGCCUUGUUUCUUGCUCUCCGACUUUGUUCCCUGGCCUGCCAUCCAUCAGCUUGGCCUCCAGGACCACCCCAGGGAUCAGUGGGGGGCUAGUAGAGCCUCACUGCAGGACUCCCCCAAGAAAUGCCCCCAGACCCAGACUACCACUUUCCAGGAAGCUGAGUGUCCCUGGAGACUCCUAGGGAAGCCAGAGGGGGAGAUGAUUUGUGGUCUGGGGGAGGGGGCCAUGACUUUGAUGUGGCCUGCAGGGACCGGGACCCCAGAGUCUAAGCUGGAACUUUUCAGUUGCUUUCCCUUGGCAUUAUGGGAGUGGGCUCUGUCCACAGUCCAGGCCACCCACCCCCACCUCGAGACAUCUUAUUUUUUAACAAAGCUAUUAAACAAUCUUUAUUAGGAUUUA